AUGGAGCCAAAGCCACAAGGUUCCGCAGACCGAGCCCUGGACCCCAAAGGAUUGGAGCAGCUGCUUGCGUCUUUGAGAUGCGACCUGACCCAACUUGGGUUUGCGUUCGAGAGCGAUUUGCGCAAGGCUAUUAGCCAAUACCAAGAGAAGCUCGUUGCUUUGUUGCCAGGAGAUGUCCAAGACAUGCCUUGCCUGGUCGACGGGCUAAAGGUCGAAGCGGAUCGACUUCAGAGUUUCGCAGUGCAAGCUCAACUCCAGCCAAUCGCCGACGUUGAUGGAGAGAUGCCUUCCUUUGGUGAUGCGCAAAAAAAGAGAGUGUCGAUCAAUGAUGUGAUCAAUGAUGCUGCUCUACAAGACCCACGGCAGGCGAGCAACACGUCUUCGUGUUCGAGCCUGUGUCCCAUUGAAGAUAUUCCAAGUCCAGUGACCGGAGCUACUUCCUCGUUCUCGAAGCGCUUGGCAGCGGAGAGGAAACAAUCCAAGACAGAUUCGGAGGAUGCGAGUGGCACUCCUCUUCGUCUGCAGCUUAUGGGGCUGAUGGAUGGAUUCGAAACGACUCGUGUGGAUUGCAUAAUGGGAAUACUGGUCGUCUUGAACUCGAUUGUCAUGGCUUUUGAACUCGAAUGUGACGGGCAAGCUGCUGCAGUUUCUGUGGGGGUGACGCCCAGCUUGAGAUGUCCAGAUGCUGCGACCUGGUUUGUGGCAUCGGAGCAUUUAUUUACCUGGAUAUUUGCCGUGGAGCUCGUAGUCAGGCUUUACUUCAUGAGGUGGGUUUAUUUUCGCGAUUUGCUCAACUGCAUCGAUGUGCUCCUUGUUGUUCUGCCCAUGUUGGACCUCUACUUGCUGACUCCUCUUGCUGGACAUUCGCACAACAUCAACAUGCUUCGUGCAUUGAGACUCGCAAAAAUGGUUCGUGCCAUACGAAUCAUGCGGACAUUACGUCUUUUUCAAGGCUUGCGCCUAUUGAUCCAGGCGUGCUCGUCAUUCUUACCGUCCCUCGCAUGGUCGAUGGUAUUGCUGAUGCUUGUGAUGAUGAUGGGCGGCCUUGUGAUGGGCAACCUGCUUCAAGAAUUCAUCACGAAUGAACACGAAGACUUGGACGCGCGUUUGUGGGUCUGGACAUAUUACGGAACAGCAUACCGAGCAAUGUACACCAUGUAUGAGAUCACUUUUGCUGGCAACUGGACCACUCGCGCCCGUCCGGUGCUUGAGGAUGUUGACCACUCAUUCGUCAUCUUCUAUCUUACGUAUGUUACUCUGAUCGUCUUUGCAGUGCUUCGCGUGAUUACAGCGGUGUUUUUGCGCGAGACGCUGGAGGCUGCGAACAACGACGCAGAGCUGAUGGUAAUGGAACGGCUGCGACAAAAAGGCAAAUACGUCAAACGAUUGGAAGGCAUUUUUAAGGCAAUGGAUGCAAGCGGAGAUGGUGUGCUCACAGAGUCUGAAAUGACUGCUGUUCUACAGGAUCCAAAGGUUCAGGCCUACUUGGCCAGCCUUGAUUUGGACUUGUCUGAGGGUCAGGCCUUGUACCGCUUGCUGCAGAACGGCGAAGGCCAGGUCACCUAUGAAGAUUUCAUAGAUGGGAUUCUGCGUUGCAAGGGUCCUGCACGCGCAAUUGACCAGAUUUGCUUACAGUGCGAUGUGAAAAUGCUUUCUGAUUCUCUAAUGUAUUUGACCAAAGCACUGGAAGAUGCGAACCUCAUCAAGAAGACACGCAGGCACCCAGCCAGGCGAAAAAGCAAGCAUCGUGUCAGUGUGGAGGACGAUGUUGUGCUUCUACGGGCGGCAACGAGACAGAUUGUGUGA